AUGAAAUGGGCUAGCGACCGCAACAUUCGGAUCAUUGCUAAGGGAACUGGACACGAUCUCAAUGGAAGAUCUAGUGGUGCCUACGCCUUAUCGAUCUGGACCCAUCAAUUCCGACACAUCGACUUCAACUCUCAAUGGCCCCGCCCGCUCAGCAACGAUACGGAGAAUGCGGUGACACUUGGCAGUGGAAACAACUGGGGAACUGUUCUUCAAGCUGCUUCUCUUCUUGGUAGGACUCUCGUUAGCGGUCAAGUCAAGACAGUAGGCCUGGGUGGCUUCAUCGGCGGGGGUGGCCACGGCCCUCUUUCGAGCCACUAUGGUCUGGCAGCCGAUCAAGUCCUCCAAGCCACCGUCGUAACAUCUUCGGGCAACAUUCUCGUCGCCAACGAAGCUCAGAACCAGGACUUGCUGUGGGCGAUCCGAGGUGGUGGACCGGGGGUUUACGGAGUCGUCAUUGAGUAUGUCUUGCGCACUCAUCCGAUACCUCAAAACGUGGUCCAGUCUACGUUCUCCCUGUCGCUGCCCCAGAAGAGCACAGAAGAAGCUCUGUCCACAUCUUGGGACUCAUUCGCGACUCUCACAAGCUCCCUGCCCGACCUCAUGGACUUAGGCAUUGCAGGAUUUGGGACUGCAACAACGGUGGUGGGCUCUCAGGUGUCUGCUGGUUACUUCGGCAGGGGUAUCGGGGCAUCUUUCACCUUCUUCGGCUUCAACACUACCGCAACCACUCUGGUUUCUACUUUGAAACCAGUGAAAGCACGCGUAUUGUCGAAUGGAAUAAGCCAGGGCCUGUCCGUGACCAUCUCAACCCCGACGGUUUUCGACUCAUACAUGGCUUUCGUCGACAGCCUCAACAAUCCAUCGGAGCCCGUGGCACAGAUCAGUUUGAUCUCCAGUCGUCUCCUCGGCCGCAAAGAGCUGACAGAAAUUCCUUCUGAUACCCUGCGCUCUCAUCUACAGAGCAUUACCACCUCGCAGGUACAAGGAAGCGCUUCAUCCCUCAUCUUCGGGCUCCAAGGGGGCCCUGGGACGAACCGGGUUGAGGAAAAGAUGCGGGGAGCUGUGACGCCAGCUUGGAGAGCAGCGUACAUCCACCUCAUCAGCACUGGGGCGUACGUCAAUAUUACAGACUCCACACCCCAAGACGCUCUGGCGACCGCGGCUGCAUGGACUGAAGAAAAUAAGGAGGCUGUCUGGCGUAAGUGGGCACCUGGAUCUGGCUCAUACUUCAACGAAGCCAAUCCUUUCAACACCAACUUUAAGGAGGACUUUUUCGGCGGGAAUUACGAUCGUCUAUUUGAUAUCAAGCAGAAGUACGACCCUACUGCUAGCAUGUUCGUCCUUUCAGGCCCUGGAAGCCACAUGUGGGAGUACAAUCUGGAUACUGGCAGAUUGUGUCGCAUGUCGUAG